CAAGUUUGCAGAUGAACGAAGCUGGGGGGCAGUGUUAGCUGUGAGGAGGAUGCUAGGAGGCUGCAAGGCGACUUGGAUAGGCUGGGUGAGUGGGCAAAUCCAUGGCAGAUGCAGUAUAAUGUGGAUAAAUGUGAGGUUAUCCACUUUGAUGGCAAAAACAGGAAAGUAGACUGUUAUCUGAAUGGUGACGGAUUAGGAAAAGGGGAGAUGCAACGAGACCUGGGUGUCAUGGUACACCAGUCAUUAAAAGUAGGCAUGCAGGUGCAGCAGGCAGUGAAGAAAGCGAAUGGUAUGCUAGCAUUCAUAGCAAAAGGAUUUGAGUAUAGGAGCAGGGAGGUUCAACUGCAGUUGUACAGGGUCUUGGUGAGACCACACCUGGAGUAUUGCGUACAGUUUUGGUCUCCUAAUCUGAGGAAAGACAUUCUUGCCAUAGAGGGAGUACAGAGAAGGUUCACCAGACUGAUUCCUGGGAUGUCAGGACUUUCAUAUGAAGAAAGACUGGAUAGACUCGGCUUGUACUCGCUAGAAUUUAGAAGAUUGAGGGGGGAUCUUAUAGAAACUUACAAAAUUCUUAAGGGGUUGGACAGGCUAGAUGCAGGAAGAUUGUUCCCGAUGUUGGGGAAGUCCAGAACAAGGGGUCACAGUUUAAGGAUAAGGGGGAAAUCUUUUAGGUGAAUCUCUGGAAUUCUCUUCCGCAGAAGGUAGUUGAGGCCAGUUCAUUGGCUAUAUUUAAGAGGGACUUAGAUGUGGCCCUUGUGACUAAAGGGAUCAGGGGUUAUGGAGAGAAGGCAGGUACAGGAUACUGAGUUGGAUGAUCAGCCAUGAUCAUAUUGAAUGGCAGUGCAGGCUCGAAGGUCCGAAUGGCCUACUCCUGCACUUAUUUUCUAUGUUUUUAUGUUUCUAUACAACUGUGCUUGUCACAUUUGUUUGUGUUUGAUGCAAAUCCCUCUAAACCUUUUUUAUUGAUGUACUUAUCCAAAUGUUUCUUAAAUGUUGUUAUUACAUUCACCUCAACCACUUUCUCUGCCAGCUGGAUCAUAGAUCCACUAUCUUCUAUUAAAAAGUUGUUCCUCAGGUUCCUAUUAAAUCAUUCCCCUCUCACCAUAUCCAUUUACUUUUAUCACACAUUUUUUGUAUAAGUGUAUCAGAAUAACUUUAAAAGGGUUCCUCCAAGCAAUUUCAAUCCAUUUACAUAACCAAUUUUGAGGGGAAAGUCCAGUAUACACUUAACCAGACCAACACUACCAUAAUCUCUUUAAGAACUAAAAUAGGUCAAUUGCAGUUACAAUGAAAUAUAAACAAUUACAAUAAUUGUAUGAAUCAUCUGCAUGGUUUAAGUACAGACGUAAUUGGGAACGUAAUUCACGUCGUCCUAAAAGUAUUUUUGAAACCGAUUCUGAUGAAAAUAUGUAUGGAACGCAUAGUCCAGUUCAGGUUCCAGCUUUGGACGGCUGCCAAACUAUUGGCGCUUUGGCUUUGUUUAUCAUUUUCUAACCGGAGUCCAUAAAAUCAGCGACAGUAUAAAUCCUCACUAGUCGUCUCCAUCUGAUGAUAAUCUUUUGAUCGUUGCUUGUUUUCUGACAAUCGGGAAAGAGUAAUCCACACUUGUUUAAAACAAAAUCUGAGGCAAUCUAAGGACACACCGGCAGAGUUUCUAACGCCGUAAGUCCUUUCCGAGGUGAAAAGUGGUGGAGAAACAAAAGGGAAUUUGUAGCACUCCCGUUGCUAAUUUGCAGCAGUGUCAGAAAAUUUAAAAAGGCAAUGUGGGGGUAUUAUUUAGUCGAUUAUUGUUUCCCCCUAAUACAAUUAUACAUGAAGGAUCUGGGGAUUACAAAAAAGAAACAAAAUGACAGGCCUCCCCGGGGAGGGGACAGAAAUCCUCUUCCCCACCCCCUCCCUCUCUCUCUCUCACACACACGCUCUCAACUACCCACCUCCGUACAUCGCAUUGCUUUGACUUUCGUGUUGCUGUGAGAUGCAGGUGCAGGCACGCAUCUGCUCGCGUACCCUUGCACAUGGUUGUAUGUAUAUAUAUAUGCAAAUAUAUAUAUAUAUAUAUUUGAGUGCAGACAGCACUCUGCUGCAGCAUAGCUAGGCAGUGACAUUACUGCGUUUGUUUCUUUCUCUCCGUGCAGUUGGUGUGAAUGACUUGCUGCCGCCUACAAGACACGAGUGACCCGCUGUAUCAACCGGAGCCCCUGGUGGACAGCUGCUUCCCUUAGCUGAUUGAAACCUGCCGUUAGUCACUGACUUGGAAGGAAAGGAAACGGUUGCAGCUCAGGUUAUUAUUGUUUUCUGACGAGUGGGGACCUUGUUUUUCAUCUCCCAUAUUCGGGCAAGCAAAUAUUCCGGAGAAAGACUGUCUGUCAACAGAUCGUGGCGGAUUCUCGACAAGAGAAAUAAGAUAAGAGGAGGAAAAGCGAAAAAAGAGUCAUCAAUAACAGGGCAAGGGUUAUAAUAUCCUUUGUCUCCCGAACUGGAGCCAUCCUGAGCAGGCUGGUGAUUCUGGAACUAUGAGGCUGAGAAAGAAAAGCAACGUUUCAAUCAGAUGUCCAAGUACCUGUGCCGCUUUCGCACAGUGCAUUGCUGUGAUGUUAACCCUGGUCUUUGGGGUCUGCAAUGUUAAGGCAGAAGCAGAAGAGGAGUUUCAGUCCGUCUAUGUUUGGAAACCAGGUGCCUGGGGAAGAUGUAUGGGACAGAAGUGCGGCCCGGGUGGGAUCCAGACCAGGUCGGUGUGGUGUGCCCAUGUGGAAGGCUGGACUACUUUACCCACUAAUUGCAAGCCAGUGGAAAGACCGGUGAAUCAGCAGAAUUGCUUCAAAGUCUGCGACAGGCAUAAAGACCUAUAUGAGUGGCGGGUGGGCGAAUGGAACGAAUGUUCGCCUGUUUCAACCAGGAGCCCUUCUUCAAAGCAAACCUCUGAGUGCCUGGAAGGCGAGGAUGGUAUACAGAGGAGGAACGUAACUUGCAUCGAGAAGAGAAAUGGAGCUGCAUCUGAAGAUGUCAUCUGUGAAUAUUUUGAGAGCAAGCCCCACGUCGAGCAAGCCUGUCUUAUCCCCUGCCCGCAGAAUUGUGUGGUUGCAGAGUUUACUCCCUGGUCUGAAUGUACUAAAUCCUGUGGAGUUGGAUUACAACACCGACUUCGUCAAAUCCUCCUACCUCCGCUCAAUGGCGGUGAACCAUGCCCAAAACUCACCGAGUUUCAGACUUGUACGUUCAAUUCCUGCCUUGCGGAAGAGAGUGUGCACAGUCUCAAAGUUGGUCCCUGGAGCGAAUGCUCUCUUCCUCAUUCUCGGCAAAUCCGGCAAGCGGGAAGCAGGACGAGAGACCCAGAAGCCUGGGAGCUUAUGAAGAAAAAGAGGAACAGAAACCGUCAAAUCCGUCAGGACACCAAAUAUUUUGACAUUCAGAUUGGCUACCAAACACGACAAGUUACAUGCACUCACAAAAGUGGGAAGACUGCUGCCCUGAGCCUCUGCACACAACAGAAGUUGCCAAUAACCUUCCAGUCCUGUGUGGUCCCAAAGGACUGUCAAACCUCAGAAUGGUCCGAGUGGAGCCCCUGUUCAAAGACUUGCUACAGUGCAACAUCUCCGAAAGGAUUUCGUGCCAGAACGUCCAGUAUUAACCAAUUUCCAGUUGGUGGUGGGAAAGAAUGUCCAUCCCUCGAGGACCAAGAGCCAUGCUCUCCCGAAGGAGAAGGCGUGCCACCUUGUGCUACGUAUUUGUGGAGGACAACAGAAUGGAGCGAAUGUCGUGUUGACUCACUUCUCAACCAGCAAGAUAGAAGACGUGGAAAUCAAACGGCGCUCUGCGGUGGGGGAAUUCAAACCCGAGAAUUUUACUGUGUGCAAGCUAAUGAAAACCUCUUAUCUUAUGUGAACACUCUGAAGGAAAAGGAAGCUUCAAAACCUGUUGAUAACAAGAUGUGCACUGGACCCACACCAAGCACCACACAAAUGUGUCAAAUAAUCUGCCCCAUUGAAUGUGAAGUAUCACCUUGGACUGCUUGGGGACCAUGUACCUAUGAAAGCUGUCAGGAUCCACAAGGAAAAAAAGGAUUUAAAUUGCGGAAACGACAAAUUACCAAUGAGCCCACUGGUGGGAUUGGCAACUGUCCACACUUACAUGAAGCUAUCCUUUGUGACGACCCAUCCUGUUACAGCUGGCAGAUUGUGAAAUUGGGCGAAUGCUUACCUGACAAUGGCAGUGAAUGUGGACCAGGAAUCCAAACGCCAGAAGUUCAAUGUGUCAACAGCAACAAAAUUGUAGACAGAAAUCUGUGCAACGAAGCCAUCUAUCCUGUGCCAGUAUCGUGUGAAGUACCUUGUCCGAAAGACUGUGUCCUUAGUAAAUGGUCUGGGUGGUCAUCGUGCUCUUAUACUUGUUCUGGCAAAACCACCGAGGGUAAACAGAUGCGUGCACGUUCAAUUCUGGCAUAUGCAGAAGAAGGAGCAGCGCAGUGCCCAAACAUCAGUGCCUUACAGGAAGUACGCAGCUGCAACGAGCAUCCUUGUGUUAUCCAUCACUGGCAGACUGGUCCUUGGGGCCUGUGUAUCGAAGAUGUGUCCGUAGCUGGUCUUAACUCGAGCACCAGCUGGAGUGGUGAGGCAACCUGUGCCGUGGGAAUGCAAACUAGAAAGGUUAUUUGUGUGAGAGUCAACGUGGGACAAGUCGGACCAAAAAAGUGCCCUGAGAGUCUUCGGCCAGACACUGUGCGACCUUGUCUCCUGCCUUGUAGGAAAGACUGCAUUGUCACAUCUUAUAGUGACUGGACACCAUGCCCCUUAUCAUGCAAAGAUGGAGACGAUAGUACAGCAAAACAAUCCCGCCAUCGAAUCAUCAUUCAAUUACCGUCAAAUGGAGGACAUGAUUGUCCCGAUACACUUGUUGAGGAGAAGGACUGUGAGUCUCCCCGUGUCUGCAAUAAUUACAGAUGGAAAACACACAAAUGGCGUCGGUGUCAGCUGGUACCAUGGUAUAUUCGCCAGGACAGCCCUGGAGCACAUGAAACCUGCGGCCCAGGGCUUCAAACCAGAGCUUUAUCAUGUCGCAAGCAAGAUGGUGGUCAAGUGGACAUGAGCUAUUGCCUGAAGUGGGCUGGCACAAUGCCCUUCUUAACCCAACAUUGCCAAUUGCCCUGCCAAGAUGACUGCCAAUUCACCAACUGGUCUAAGUUUUCUUCCUGCACUGGUGACUGUGGUACAGUACAAACCCGACGAAGAACAAUUGUUGGGAAAAGCAAGAAGAGAGAAAAAUGUAGGAACACUCAACUUUUCCCUCUGAUUGAAACCCAGUUUUGUCCCUGCGACAAAUAUACAGCCCAGCCACUGGGCAACUGGUCGGACUGCAUUCUGCCUGAAGGAAAGAUGGACACCAUGCUUGGCAUGAAGGUCCAAGGAGAUAUUAAGGAGUGUGGACGGGGAUAUCGCUAUCAGGCGCUGGCCUGUCGAGAUCAGAAUAAUAGACUUGUGGAAUCAGCACGAUGCAACAGACAUGCAUAUAUUGAAGAAGCUUGUGUCAUCCCCUGCCCUUCCGACUGUAAGCUUAGUGAGUGGUCUAAUUGGUCUCGCUGUAGCAAAUCAUGUGGCAGUGGUGUGAAGGUCAGAUCCAAAUGGUUACGUGAAAAGCCAUACAAUGGUGGACGACCUUGUCCAAAGCUUGAUCACGCCAACCAGGCUCAGGUGUAUGAAGUGGUUCCCUGCCACAGUGACUGCAGUCAGUACGUGUGGAUAGCAGAACCAUGGAGCGUAUGCAAAGUCAGUACUGUGGACCUAAAGGAUAACUGUGGUGAAGGAGUACAGACUCGGAAAGUGAGGUGUAUGCAGAAUACAGUGGACGGUCCCAUUGAAUUUGUCGAAGACUACCUCUGUGACCCAGAAGAAAUGCCAUUGGGUUCCAGGCAGUGCAAGUUGCCAUGCCCAGAUGACUGUGUCAUGUCUGAAUGGACAAGUUGGAGCAAGUGUCCUCUGCCGUGCAACAGUAGUGCCACUCGAGAGCGGUCUGCUCUUCCAUUAAGACAGCCUGGGGAAGGAAAACCCUGUCCAGCUGAAACCAAGACUGAGCCAUGUCAUCUGAACAAGAACUGCUUUCACUACACAUACAAUGUUACAGAUUGGAGCACAUGUCAGUUGAGUGAAAAAGCAGUCUGUGGGAAUGGAAUUAAAACAAGAAUGUUGGAUUGCGUUCGCAGUGAUGGCAAGUCAGUUGAUCUCAAGUACUGUGAAGAGAUGGGUGUGGAAAAGCCAUGGCAGAUGAAUGCCUCAUGUACUGUGGAGUGUCCGGUGAAUUGUCUCUUCUCUGACUGGUCUCCCUGGUCCGAUUGUUCUCAGUCAUGUGGUCUCGGAGGGGAAAUGUUACGAAAGAGGACAUUGAUUCAGCCAUUCCAGGGAGAUGGGCGACCAUGCAUAAUGCAGUUGGAACAGUCCAAGCCAUGCCUAAUCCGCCCUUGCUACCGCUGGCAGUACAGUGAAUGGGGCCACUGUAAAGUGGAGGAUGCCCAGUGUGGAAAUGGGAUGAAAUUUCGAAACAUGUCAUGCGUUGUGUUUGAUGGAUCCAGGGAAGAUUCUGGCAAGGUUGUGGAUGAUGAAUUCUGUGCUGACCUGGAACCUGCAGUGAAUGGAGACAAACAGAUUGUUCUGCAGGCAUCCUGCGCUGUUCCAUGCCCAGGUGACUGUUACCUGACAGACUGGUCUGUGUGGAGUUCUUGUCAACUAACCUGUGUAAAUAACCAGGAUCUUGGUUAUGGUGGAGUACAGGUACGGACUAAGGCAGUAAUCGUCCAAGCCAUGGAAAAUGAGCAUCUGUGUCCCGUGCAGACUCUGGAGACCCGCACAUGUACAGGUGGUCACUGUUAUGAAUAUAUUUGGUUAGCUGGUGCUUGGACAGGAACAUACCGAGAAGUGUGGUGUCAGAGGUCAGAUGGAAUAAAUGUCACAGGUGGCUGUUCUGCAUUAAAUCAACCCUAUGCUGACAGGUCUUGUAAUCCACCAUGCACUAAACCUCACGCAUACUGCACUGAGUCUGCAGUGUGCGUCUGUGAAGAAGGUUACACAGAGGUGGUGACAUCGGGCAAUUUGCUAGAUCAAUGUAUCAUGAUCCCAGUGCUGGAGAUCCCUUCGGUGGAGGAGAAAAAAGCAGAUGUGAAGACAAGCAGGGCCGUCAACCCAACUCAAACGUCUGAUAGCAAACAAGGGCACUCAGGACACACGUGGUUCUUACAACCUUUUGGAGCAGAUGGGAAGCUGAAAACAUGGGUUUAUGGUGUUGCAGCAGGAGGUUUUGUCUUAAUAAUCUUCAUUGUCUCUAUGAUCUAUCUAGCCUGCAAAAAGCCCAAGAAACCACAGAGAAAACAAAAUAACAAACUGAAACCUUUGACCUUGGCCUAUGAUGGAGAUGCUGACAUGUAAACUCUUUUAUUGCUUGUUGGACAUCUCCUUUUCUCUCGUCACUCUAAAAUAUAACGUGCAGCUUUGUAUGUCCAGACUUUAGUCCAUUAUAGAAUUCUGUGACAGUGUGCCAGAUUCUAUAGCACUGUGACAUUUUCAAGGAGGAGAUGAAAAAAUGUGUCACAAGAUGUCAUUCUCGGUAUAAUGCAGGACCUCAAAUGAUACACUUACCAAACUAUAGCAAAGUAAAUCCUUGAUACGAUGCUAAAGAACUAUCCUACAUUGUGGCAAAAGUAAACCUUACUUUUAUCUGAAUGACAUUGAAAUGCCAACUACAUUAGAAUUGAAAAGUAAACGUGCAUCUUCAAAUAAUUGCUAUUUGCUUAAUAACCUUGUAUCAAAAUCUUGUAUCAAAAGCUGCCUGUGUGAAAAUGAUCAACAUCAAUGACAGGAAUCAAAUGGAAAAAUGGGCAAAUGUUCACAGUUGUAUCGCACAUUUAACAGAAAGAGGAUGUCUGAUGGAUUGAGAAGUUAAACUGCAAACCCUAGACAAGAGCAAGUUUCCAAAUCUCCUCCUCCCAGUGAUAAAAACAGAAGGAGUGGAAAUUGAUACUUCUGUCAACUGCUUAUGGCAAAAUUGAUAUUAUGUGCUAGGUCGGAGCAAGAAGGAUGGUUGAGUUGCUGGAAGAUUUGCACAACUCAAUCAUCAAAAGUGCAAAAUAUAGAAGUAAAAAUAAAGAUUAAAAUCCUCACCUCAGCUAAUAUAUUAACAUCUUCAAUACUUUAUGCUGCUGAAAAUGCUUGUACCUAUUAAUGAUGCAAACUAUAAACUUGAUUUUCCCAGCUAAUGAAAUGCUCUCUUGAAAUGACUUAUGGACAGUGGUCCACAAUACUUGAUAAAAUGAGGCACUUUUUUUGCACUAUAUUAGUGCUGCAUGAUAUGCACUUAACCAAUUAUCACCCUAGAAUUAGUUUCUGCUUUCUUUAAAAAAAAGUGUCUCACGUUGGUAAUAUUAAGUAGAUAGUUUGAAAGAGAGCAAACUAAUGUUGUUUACUCAUGGAUUACAACGACAUUGAACUCGGGCAGAAUGAAAUGGAAGUAUUUCAUACAGUGUGUGUACAUGCAUAAAUGUGUGUCUAAGGUCACUGCAGCUAGUUUGUAAAAUGUAUCAGUGGUCAGUAUAGUUGCAGUGUCGAUAGCGAUCUAGCUGCAUUUUCUGAAAUAUGUAAUUGUUCUGAUCUUAUGUGCUUAUGUUGUGCAAACAGUCCACUGGCUCUUUUGCUAGUUAAAUCAUUUUAUACGGUUUCUCUGUUGUGUCUUUUAAAAGAGCAACAUAUUUUGGUUAUUUUACAAUCAUUACCAAAUGUGAAGAAGAGCACAGACUGCAAUUAGUAAAAUAUGAAAUCCCAAUUGGCUAAUUAGGACAGCUAACCUGCAGCAAACAAAAAGUGCCACAAAAUGUAAUGCCUCCCAUCAAAAUUGUUUGAGAAAACUGAGGAAAUUGAGAAAUUUGAGGAAAGUAAACAUACAUUUAUUAUUAUUAUUAUUAUUAUUAUUAUUAUUAUUAUGAAUAUUAUUAUAUUGCCAUUAUUUUUUUCAGCAGUCCUUUUUGUAUUAAACUCACUAUUUUGAUAGUCUGAAACAAAUUAAGCAGGAAUUUUCUUCCAUGUUUAAAUAUUGUAAAACAAAGAAUGAGAGAAAGUUAAUCAUUGAAUGAAGUAACAGAACACUUUAAUGUCUUCAAAGUUGUAUAUGUUUUUAAUAUCCAGGAAAUUAUCAACAUUUGAUUUUGUCAAAAUACAAAAUAUUUAUUAUGACAGAAAUAUUUUGGUAAAUUUGGCGUAUUUUUCUGAGGAGACUUGAAUUUAUUCACUAAGACAACAAAAAGUAAAUUUGCAUUUAUUUUAAACUGCUGUUAAAUAUUAAAUUAUGCUAUGUGGUUUGCUAAGAGAACAAACUAAUGUUUACAAUUGCUAAUUCAAUGGGAAAUGUACUUAUAUUUCAGAGGGCAAAAUAAAAGUGAAUUUGCCAGUAGACAGCUGACAUCUCUCAGCUUGUUCAAAAUUAAUAGUCAGGGAAGGAAUGUCACCACAUAUGAAGCUCAGCCCUUCAAAUUAUCUUGCUUUCUUUGCAUGUUUCUGAAUGAAGGCAACAGCUAUCAAAAGGAAAUGCUUCUCUCUCAUUCCAAUGUGUCAUUGUUAAUUUGUAGAUAUGCCAUUUUUUAUUUUUUUUUAAUUAUGUAUAUUUUCUUUUUUCAAAUAUGAGGCCAAUGUUUAUGUAUAAGCUCCAAACUUUUGUGGAGGAAAAUAAAGCCCAAAUUUUAUCGAGUAACAAUUAUACAAUUAUAACAAAAACGUGGCACGUGCUUUAUUGGAGGUUAUUGUUUGAUAGUAUUCAUUCUACCUUAAACGUUAAAUAAAAAAUAAUCAAAUGUUACUGUGUUCUUGUAUUAACCUUGCCAUGGCUGUCAUUUACAACAAUCAACACCUUAGUAUUGGUAUUGACCACUCUAUCUAUUUAUGUACUACUUUCAGGGAGCUAUGGACUUGGACCCAAUGAUCCCUCGGUUCAUCAAUACUGUUAAGUGCCAUGCCAUUAACUGGAUACAUCCUCCUUACAUUUGACCUUACAAAGUGCAACACCUCAUGCUUGCCCGGAUUAAACUCCAUCUACCAUUUCUCCACUAAUUUCUGUAAAAAAUGCACCUGCUCUAUCUUAUCCUUCAUUGUUCACAACUCCAUGUGUUGUGUUGUUUGCAAACUUACGAACCAAUCCAUCUAUAUUGUUCACCAACAUUUAUUUAUACACAUAUAUAUAUUAUAUGAACAACAAAGGUCCCAACCUCCCAACUGCCCACCGACCUCCAGCCAGGAUGACACCCUUCCAGAGGAACAAUAUUUGCUACGCUCCAGUUCUCUGGAAAGCAUCUGUGGCAACAGUGGAAACAAACACCUUCAUCGACUCCCACAAUCUCCUCUCCAGCCUUUCUCAAUAACCUAGGAUCCCAACAUAUCCUGUGGGAUGUAUCCACUUUAAUGUUCUUCAAGAGAACCAACACUUCUUCUAUCUUGAUCUCGAAUUGCCCCAGUGUGGGAUAUAUUAGUAUACCCACAUUGAUCUCAUGAUCCUCCAUGCUCUUCUCUUUGAUAAAUACCUGUACAAAGAACCUAUUUAAUACUUUACCUACAUCCUCUGAUUCCAAGCAUAAAU